ACUUAACACGUUACAGGUUAUCAGUACUAGAAUACCAACUCCGACUCGGCUCUAGGACACUACUAACCACCUCAGACAUACCCUACAAUAAGGCCUACAUACCUUCCCUAGCACCCAAGGUAAACAUCAAGGGAUCCGGCUGCCCCCUGGCGGGGCCCGACGGACAGCAUGUGCAUCCUCGAAGCGAUCUACUUCGUCUGCAGCUGCCCUCUUCGAGACACGCACCGGUGCCCGCACCACAUCUUCGUCCGCACCUACUCCGACUGUCCCCAUGAUCUCGGCGGUAUUGAGCCUUCGCCAACGGGUUUCUACUUGCGGCGCCCCGUGGAGGUCCAGCGCAAGAGCCAGUGGGAGCCCCUGAGUUCUUGCAAGGUAUGGCAUCACUGUGACGUAUACAAGGCAAGCCACACCCGGGCCGACGGCUCCUUGCCGGUGGGCUGCGGGCUGGAGCUUGAGUGUCCCCAGACAACCAUCGCGCUGGACGGAAAUCCCUUCGCCACGAUCACCUACGAGGCGGGACAAUGUGAGCAAUGCAUCAAAGGGCAUCGAUGGUCGCCCGAGCCAGUGACUCCCACCCUGUUUGUGCUGGAGUCGGAGUGCGGGGGGCGGAUUCUUCUAAAUCCGGAUUAUGAUGAUGAAAGCGGUUCGCCCUCUUCUAGCAGGUCAGGCUGGAGCAGCAGGAGCUUCUUCAAGUUGUCUAGACUCUCUAGUCUAUCGUCGAGGAGCAGCCUCAGGAGCUUCCGUCGGUCCCGGGACAAGGGAGACGUGAUGGAGAAGCAGUCUCCACCUGGGGCUGAGCGUGAAACCGCAGACGUGCUGAAAGGCAUCCGCCGGUGGUGUUCAGCCAGCCCAUCCUCCAACGGCGAACCCGACCCCUCCCUGUCAGCCGAAUCCAAACGAAUCGGCGACCAGUACAACUCCCUCGAGUCCCGUCUCGUCUGGGACUGGCUGUGCGGCGGCAACCGGCACUUCGGGUACUACCCGGACCCAUCCACAUGGUGGCCUUUCCCCCUGGGCGCAGCACAUCUCCGGAUGCAAGGCAAGCUGCUCGAGACACUCAACCUCCCUCCCGGAGCCCGCGUCCUCGACGUAGGCUGCGGCGACGGGCACGUGGCCAUCGACCUGGCGCGACGAGGCCGGUUCAGAAUCACCGCGUUUGACGUCGUCGAGCGGCACGUCGAGAACGCCCGGCGCAACGUGCAACUUGCGGGGCUCGAGCAGCAAGUCACAGUCUUGCAGCUCGAUUUUGACCGCCUCGCUGAGGCCAUACCGGAUGCGUCGCACGACGGUAUCUACACGUCCGAGACGCUGAUCCACGCGGCUGAUGUCCCCCGCGUGCUGGCCGAGUUCCGGCGCGUGCUCGUCCCCGGCGGCCGUGUUGUUCUGCACGAGUAUCACAACGAUUUCAUCGGCGCCAGGAUUCGCGGUUUUACCGCCGAGAUUGCGCGGAUGGAGCCACCGCCGUCGUCUUCGGCCUCGGGCGAUGAUGAGCGGAAUGAGAGUGAGAACGAGAAUGAGAUGGCCCCGGGCCCGGCCUUUGCGCGGGCUGAGGCGUAUUUCAAGAGUGCCAUGGCGAAAGCCGGGUUUGAAGACGUCGUCGUGCGAAAUUACUCGCCCAACAUUGAGCCUAUGGCCAAACUGCUCUCCGUCUCCGCCUGGUGGAGGUACAUCGUCCAGUUCUUUCACCUCCAGAGAAUAUUCCCAAAGACUGCGGCGAGGACCGAGGGCUAUGUUGGACAGGAGCACUGGGCUUAUGUUUCGGUUAGCGGGACGAAGCCAAAGGCAAAGGUUGAGUGA